AUGGACGUCGCCCACUUAGCCGCCAACCCCAAUACUCGAGGCCUCCUUCUAAAAGGCCACCGGCGUCGUUUCCUCCGUGACAAUAUCAUGGGCAUCACCAAACCCGCUAUCCGCCGUCUCGCCCGCCGUGGAGGCGUAGUCCGCAUAAAAACGGACAUCUACGCUGAGAUACGCUCCGUCAUCAGAGGACGGCUUCGUGAGAUUCUGUUUCAGGUGGUGCAAGUGCUAGAGUCCUCGAAGACUCAUAGACACGAUAGGAAGGUUGUCACCACACGAGAUGUUGUUUACGCCUUGCAGAGAAUGGGGCAAACCAUGUAUGGUUUCUAG